AUGCUAUAAUUGCGGAGAUUUUGCCAACCACAUUGCAGCAAAGUGCCCUCAUGGUCCUCUUCCAAAAAGGUGCCACCAGUGCAAAUCCACAGGAACAUUUGAUAGCAGACUGUCCAUUUAAGGACUCUACCUCCCCUUCAUCAGCAUCUGCUCCUUCUUCCUCAUCAGUUCUGCAGCGCAGGCCGAGAAACGGCAACAACAACGGUAAUACUGAAAAUGGUUACAGUGGUUCUGGUCAUGCAACAGGGGGCAUGUCAUCACAUCAUGUAUGA